CCUAUAAAUAAGCUCAAGUUGAUUCGCCAAUACUCGCAAACAUUUGGCCAGCCUCUGAGAGUUCCAAAUCAUUCUCCUCUGCAGUUUGAGUUGAAUUUAUCUGAGGUUAAGGAAAUGGAAACCUUCUUGUUUACCUCUGAGAGUGUGAACGAGGGACACCCUGACAAGCUCUGCGACCAGAUAUCUGAUGCGGUUCUUGAUGCCUGCCUCGAGCAAGAUCCCGACAGCAAGGUUGCAUGUGAGACUUGUACCAAAACCAACAUGGUGAUAGUCUUUGGUGAGAUCACAACCAAGGCCAACAUAGACUAUGAGAAGAUCGUGCGUGAUACCUGCCGUAAGAUUGGAUUCGUUUCUGAUGAUGUUGGUCUUGAUGCUGAUAAAUGCAAGGUUCUUGUUAACAUUGAGCAGCAGAGCCCGGAUAUUGCUCAGGGUGUCCAUGGCCACCUGACCAAGCGCCCAGAGGAUAUUGGUGCUGGUGACCAGGGACACAUGUUCGGUUAUGCCACCGACGAAACCCCUGAGUUAAUGCCUCUCAGCCAUGUGCUUGCCACCAAAUUAGGUGCUCGUCUCACUGAGGUUCGUAAGGAUGGUACAUGCCCCUGGUUGAGACCUGAUGGAAAGACCCAAGUCACAGUCGAGUACUGCAAUCAGAAAGGCGCCAUGGUUCCGAUCAGAGUCCACACUGUUCUCAUCUCCACUCAGCACGAUGAGACUGUUACAAAUGAGAUUGCAAGGGAUCUCAAGGAGCACGUCAUCAAGCCCGUCAUCCCUGUGAAGUACUUGGACGAGAAGACAAUCUUCCACCUGAACCCCUCCGGCCGCUUUGUUAUUGGUGGACCCCAUGGUGAUGCCGGUCUCACUGGUCGUAAGAUCAUCAUCGACACCUACGGUGGCUGGGGUGCCCAUGGUGGCGGUGCCUUCUCAGGGAAGGACCCGACCAAGGUCGACAGAAGCGGUGCCUACAUUGUCAGGCAGGCUGCCAAGAGUAUUGUAGCGAGUGGGCUUGCACGGAGGUGCAUUGUGCAAGUGUCGUAUGCGAUUGGUGUGCCUGAGCCCCUAUCGAUCUUUAUUGACUCUUAUGGCACUGGGAAGAUCCCCGACAAGGAGAUUCUGGAGAUCGUGAAGGAGAAGUUCGACUUCAGGCCUGGGAUGAUCUCCAUCAACUUGGACUUGAAGAGGGGCAACAAUGGGAGGUUCUUGAAGACCGCAGCAUAUGGCCACUUCGGAAGAGAGGACCCCGACUUCACGUGGGAAGUCGUCAAGCCCCUCCAGUAGCAGAACUGAAAAUCUGUCAUAUGGUUGAGGCGUUGAAUAAUACUGCUCUUGUUGUUAAUGGCUUUUCGCUUCAAAUGGUGCAUCUUCUGGUUUGAGCCUAAGAUACCUUUAUGGAAUUAAUCUGGCGUAGCAGUGUGUAAGAUACAUGUUUGAGUAAUGUUACUAUGAAAUCAGCUAUUGGAAUUUCUCAUAUCAAUGGAUGAAUUGCUUGCGAUUUUUUAAA